GUCGGCCAGUGCUGACCUGUGUCCCUUUCCUGGCUUAGACAUCAGACCGCCCGUCCAGUCCUCGAGACCCUGAUCCCACCACCAUGUCACGUGAGGUUUCAUGUAUAGGUAAUACAAGCCUUGACAAGGUCUGCUGUUUCCUUAUCGGAUUGGCCGGAGUGACCAUUGGACUGGUCGUGGCUGUGAUCAUUUUGGCCAUCUGUCUCUGCCGGCUCCAGAAGCGAGUGAAAAGACUGCAGAGGAGCGAGGCCCAGGACAACUCCCUGGAGCUGAGGGAGGAACAAGAACUGCACUAUGCCUCUCUCCGCAGGCUCCCCAUUGGGGACACUGGGGAGGGGGCCAAGGAGGAGGGGCCUAAAGAGGAGACCAGGAACCCCACAGAGGACUUCUCCUCCGACUACGCCUCUGUGGUCAAGCGGCCAGACCCGUCCUAAUCACCCCCCUCACCUCCGACCCCGAGCCCCCCCUCCACCUCAAAUCCCCCCCAGGGCCUGAGGGGAAUCUCUGAAGAUCCCCUCGUCCCUUCCCCGGCCGAGAAGCUCUCCCAUCUCUCUGUGCCCCACCCCACAACACUUCCCGACAAGAGGAUUUCAUCCUUAACUGUGUCUAAGGCCUCUCCAUCUAUAGAGGCUGUGGGGUAAAACAGCUGCCGGAGCUGGGCUCGGAGACAGCUGGGGCCUGAAGCUCAGCUCACCCUGGAAAGCCCGUGGGGAGAGUAAGAAUAAUGAUGAUGAUAAUAAUAACUGUUUUAUUUGUUAAGUGCUUACUAUGCACCAGGCACUGUCCUAAG